GGAAGACACCACGGCUGCGUGGGGUUUAUCCUGUGACACAAUUACAACAACUUUGUGCUCGUCCUGGCGAAGUUUGUGAUUCCGGGAAACUCUUUGCUUUUACUACAGCGCAAGCUUUCGCCUUCUCUGCAGUCUUCGCCUGCCUUGCUUUGUGACCUGCGGAGUGUCGCUCGCUAGCGCUGCUGCAGCCUUCGGUGAUGAGGAAAAGAAAAUGGCGGCGAGAACAGCAAGCAGCAAUAACGAAGAGGGGUCUCUGAGUCUGACAGCAGAGGAGAGGGAGGCACUCGGUGGAUUGGACAGCAGCCUCUUCGGAUUCAUGAGCCUUCACGAAAAUGGCGCCAGGACGAAAACCCUCUUGGGCAAGGCUGUUCGGUGGUAUGAAUCCUUAAUCUUGAAAGCUGAAGGAAAAGUGGAGCCUGAUUUCUUCUGUCAAUUAGGUCACUUCAUUCUCCUAUUGGAAGAUUAUGCAAAAGCAUUAUCUGCAUAUCAGAGAUACUACAGUUUACAGGCUGACUGCUGGAAGAAUGCUGCCUUUUUAUAUGGCCUUGGUUUAGUCUACUUCUAUUACAACGCAUUUCAUUGGGCUACUAAAGCAUUUCAAGAUGUGCUCUAUAUUGAUCCCAGCUUUUGUCGAGCAAAGGAAGUUCAUUUACGACUUGGGCUUAUGUUCAAAGUAAACACAGACUAUGAGUCUAGUUUAAAGCAUUUUCAGUUAGCUUUGAUUGACUGUAAUCCUUGUACUUUGUCCACUGCUGAAAUUCAAUUUCAUAUUGCCCACGUGUAUGAAACCCAG